AUUUAUCAGACGACGAAAUACACAAGCGGAUUAAAAAGUCGUUGAAUAAAGAUCAAAAUAGUUGGAUCGAAGGAAUUCUCCAGAAAAAAACCUGGAAACCAACCUCCGAAUAUAUUCAAUAUAUUAAUCAAUUUACUGAAGAAGCAUGUACCCGAAGUGAGAUCCCAACGAUUGUUCGCAAAUCUUGUAUUUCCGGAAGAUUCGAUCCUUAUUAUCACGAAGCACAUGAAAUCGCACAGCAAAUAUUAACGCAUUGGAUUGAAUCACAAACUUCGGAUACAAAAUGUCGUAGAUUCGAUGGAUUAUACAAAGUGAUCAGGGGAACUGAUAAAAGUCAAGCCAUAAUAAUCAUAGAAUUUUCGCGUGGACGAAGGACACCUUUGUCAAAAAAAAGUGGUGAUCAACUAAAACUGUGCCGAAAUUCAAUGAGAAUUCUCAAUAAACUAUUACAAACCGUACCAAAGAAUCUUGCACGAGUGUAUUUAGUACAAUCUUUCAAUGGAUUUAUCGAAAUAAAGUAUUUGGUUAGACCAUUACCAUCAAUAUACAUACUCCAACGCUUUAUGAAUACAAAAAUACCUUCUACUUUUCGUGACUUUAGACAGUUUUCAAAAGACUUAAUAGAACUAAUGAAUUGGCAGGCUGAUGUUCUGUCAACAGUUGGAGCAGUAAAUGAUGCAACCACAACCGGUGGACAUACCAAUAAUCUUCAUAUUACUUUUGUAAAUGAUACUCCAGAAAAGAAACAAAAAGAUAAAAAUCAACUUCCAAUAUCACAUUCCGUGUCCUCAUGUCCUGGUUCCCCUCUCCCACCAAAUCAUGAUUUAAUGCACCACUUAGAUUCACCAAAUCAUGAAAAAAUCAAUUUAAAUAGUUUAAAAAAUCGAUAA